AUGCAAUUCGUCGCUCUUCUCGCCGCCCUCGGCGCCCCUCUGGCACUGGCUGCCUCUAUCCCUGCUGCUCAUAACAACAGCUCCAUCAUCGAUGUUAAGCUGGCUGCUACCGGCAACUCUAUGAUCAAGGCUAUCAUCACCAACAAUGGUGACCGUACCUUGAACUUGUUGAAGUUCAACACCAUUAUGGACGAGCACCCAACCCGCAAGGUUAAGGUCUACCAAGAUGGUGCUGAGGUCCAGUUCACUGGAAUGCUUCCCCGCUACAAGAUGUCUGACCUCACCCCUGACUUCUUUGUUAACCUUGGCCCCAAGGCCAGUGUUGAGCACUCCUUUGAUCUCGCCGCUACUCACGAUCUAAGCCGCGGUGGAAAGAUCACUGUCUCGGCUAACGGAGUUGUCCCAACUGCUGAGGAGAACGAAACCACCAUCACCGGACACACUCACUACGAGUCCAACGAGCUCACCAUGGAUGUCGAUGGAAAGGAGGCCGCCGCUGUUGAGCAGUCCAUGGGCGGAGACUCCCCCGCUGGUGUUAUCGACAAGCGCUCUAACAUCGUCACCUCUAGCUGCCGUGGAAACCAGCUCCAGAUGUUGAAGACCGCCCUCGCCAACUCUGCCCGUCUCUCCAAGGCUGCUGCUUCGGCUGCCCAGAGGAACCCCCGCAAAUUCCAGGAGUACUUCAAGACCACUGACUCCAGCACCGUCCAGAAGGUUGUCAGCCGUUUCAUGUCCGUUGCCCGCGAGUCUACCUCUACCGGUAAAACCACCUACUACUGCAACGAUACCCGUGACGGUUGCAAGCCUGGUGUCCUUGCCUACACCCUCCCAUCCAAGAACCAGGUUUUCAACUGCCCCAGCUACUAUAAGCUCCCAGCCCUUAACAACCGCUGCCACGGUCAGGACAUGGCCACCACUACUCUCCACGAGCUUACCCACAACCCCGCAGUUGUCACUCCUUUCUGUGAGGAUCUUGGCUACGGUUAUGACCGUGUCUCCCGCCUUCCAGCCUCCAAGGCCGUCCAGAACGCUGAUACCUACUCCCUUUUCGCCAAUGCUGUCUACCUUGGCUGCUAA